AUUGCUUUACGUAGUCAAUGUAGAUGCUGUAGAAAAGCUAGUACCAGCCAUUGAGGAGAAUAAGAUCCGCAUGAAUGCCACAUCGCCAGACAUGGCAUCACACGAUACGAGGGAUAAUGAUUCCACGACAACUACUCCAAGGAAUCAAGCAAGUGAUGGAUCUGAUGAUGAGUGGCAAUGGGUAUCUGCACGGCCACAGACAUCUACUGGGGAUACUGAUUAUUCUACGAUGACCCCAACUUUGACAUGUGAGGAACCAUCGCCAGCCUCCACCCCCAGUAAUGGUAAGAAGGUGAUGCUGUCUGUCAUCGAAACACCUGAAGACCCCUUACAUGUGCCCAAUCAUGAAACCAGUAUAGUUGGAACUGGGCAUCUGGUGCCGCCUGAUCCUGAGUCCAUGACACUAUCCAAGCCGGAUACUGACGGGGAAGGGACAACAUUAACCUCACCUAGGGAUAAGGCUACUUCGACUCAUCUUAAGAAGCACAGGACCGUUAAGACAUCGAAGUCGUCACUUGUCUCUAGCAACGUCUUCGGUGCCGCCACGUCAGCUGUCACCUGUGGAGUUACUAAGGGAGUGGAUUCUUACAGGAAGCAACAGUUGGAACGUCAGAUGGCUCUGCGUGCAUUCCUAAUGAGUGUGCCUGAACCACCUAUGUCCGAAGAGGCAUCGGGUUUGGUAAUAGCAUAUGUCGGCAAGCUCUCAAUAGAUUGGGUGAAGGUUGCGAAAGAGGCGGGCGUCGGUGCUGCGAGAGGUACGCUUAUGGGCGGCACGGUGGGAGCGGCUGUCAUGGGUGGCAUGAUUGGUUUCUCUAGAGCGGGUGCCAUGUUCGACGCAGCCAACAAUGUGGGCGCGGCUACAGUCAUGAGAGGGAUGGGAACGGGGCUGGGUGUAAUGGUGUCGGCUGCAAUCACUGCAUGUGAAGUUGGCUAUCACGUCCGGAAGUGCAAGCAGGGGAAACUUCAUGUUCGCACCACUCGACGGAAGGUCACAGCAGCGUCCAUGCGAGGUGCCGCCAACGCAGGGCUUUGUGCCCUCACAAUCGUCCCAGGAGCUGGUUUGAUCGUUGCGAUCAUUGGUGGUGUAGCAUUUAAUAUUUGCGAUGCAACGUUCGGAUGGUCCGACAAGGCAGCCAAUAAGUUGGUCCCUCGGUCGGAGGACGAAGAAGUUUUUGAAGGCAAGGUUGUUCACGAGAAAAUGAUUGAGGCUGCUCGUGAAACACUCGGGCUUAGUCCCGAAGAGUCCCUCGAUGAAGAUGACCUUAAACGACGGCUACGACGUUGGAUGCUUAGUCUACAUCCUGAUAAGAAUGCGCAACAGGUUCAUCCCCACUUGCACACGAUAGUUACUGCCUGUACUAUCCUCAUCAACGAAGCAAGAGAUAUCGAAGCGCAGAGGAACGUUCGGAAAGUGGAGAAUCCGCUUGAGUCAACUGAAGACAACGAUGUAAAUCCUUAUCAGCUGUUAUGUCUGAUGGAUGAGCCGGAUACACACUCAGAAAGAACGUCUGAUGGUCUGUGCCGAGAUUAAUCUGGUGUACCCGAGAAACCUUAAGAGGAGUCUCUGAGCUCAGUACGCUCAGUCCCUUUGAGCAUGGGUCAGAGAGCGUUUCUUAUUAGCUGUAUUCUACUACUCCCAACUCUCAUCCUUCAAAUGCGAAGCGUCAUCCACAUGGUGUCACAUUCAUGCAGUCUCGUCAUAUGUGGUCCGCUUCUAUGUAUAUCCAAUAUCCUCGCAGGCGUAGCGCGGAGUUACUUGAGAACUUGAUCGGUUUGAGGAUGAGAGCCACCCCUUAAGCCUGCUCUCUGUAUGUCGCAGAUCAUUUUCUCAAUGCAUCAACGUAUUUUUUUCUCUGAUGUCAUGUCCAUCUGGCUCGGAUCGGGGAACGUUUAUAUUCUUGAGCCUUCGUUCUACAGUCUAUGCGCCAGCUCGUGUACUUCUUUUUCGAGCAGCAUUUUUAUAGUCACAACUGUAAAAUCUCUCUGGGCUGGGCUUC